GUAGGAGUCCGUCCGUUGACAAGGUGGAAAAAGUUUUCUGCUAACGUCAGUCUCGAUGAGCGUUUGGUAAUGAUGCCCUUGGGGUGGGGGCAUGUGUCCAUCUGCCCUUGUGAAACACAUCAACAGAAAUGAGUAAAGAGAACACACGGAUUGAAAUGGACCUGGCUUUUGGAUCAGACAAGCCCUAUGGGUCCUCGAGAAGUAUUGUGAGGAGAAUAGCUUCUACUCUUCCUCUUAAACCCUGCCCCAGGGUUCAUUUUCAGUUAUAUCCGUACAGUGAGGACGCUGGUGUCCUAAUUGGCUCCAGGAGGCAGAAUGGUUUGGUGGCUUCUCUGGCUGAUGUUGGUUGGAUCGACAGAGAUGACGAUGACGACGAAGACCCGUUUGGCCAACCGAGGUCAGCGAUCCCACCGGGACUGGUGUUCCGAGCCCGUCAGCCUCAUCCUCAGAGAAAAACUUUAACCCGCCAGAGGUCACUACCAAGCCUGCACCAGGGGACUCCGGACCCCCAGGGGCCAACGGUCGCCAACGAUGAGGCCAUUCAGAAAAUCAGCGCACUGGAGACAGAACUCGCCAAACUCAGAGCUCAGAUUGCACAAAUCGUAUUGGCUCAGGAAAAGAGCACACAGCCAGCUGCUACCACAGGGACACCUCCUCCUCCCCCUCCACCCCAGGACAUCGAGCCUCCCCGGGCCCUCCCCCCGCCACCACCUCCUCCUCCUCCUCCUCCUCCUCCUCUUCCACCGCUACCCUUAGGUCUUCAGCGGACAUUUUCUGCCAUUGACUUGAUAAAGGAGCGCAGAGGGAAGAGGACGAACAGCCAGACAGUUUUGGAUUCAAAGCCAGCAGAGAUCCCCAACAUGCUCGAUGUCCUGAAAGACAUGAGCAAAGUCAAGCUGCGAUCAGUCAAAAGUCGUCCGGCGGAAGUUGAAGCCAAAGUGAAGUCCGGUGAGCCUGUAGAUGCUGCGGCCCUCAUCGCCGAGGCCCUGAAACGCAAGUUUGCCCAUCGCUAUCGACAUGACAGCGAACAAGGCGACAGGGAAGAUUUCAGACUUCCCGUUGAAGAAGUGAAACCUCGAACUGAAACCCCUUUGUUUGGGCAGCACAUGCUAAAAUCAACUGGAAAAAGGAAGUUCCUCUGAACUCGAGGUCCACAUGUGCUGCGGACACUUUGAAGUGCCUUAUCAACCUUUUAGUAUCAGCUGUUUCUGUGGAGGAUGGAGGGAUUCUGACUGAAGGGGAUCACAGUCUGCUGAAGGUCUCGGUCAUCUCAUAGUGUUGUAUCCGAUAGUCAUCUUGACCAUCUGCUUUUGCACUUUUCUAACUUAUAAUAUUAGCCCUCUGUUUUACGAUCAUGAUUUAUUUUUGUUUAACUGAAUGUCUUGUGUUGAAUAGUUUUCUGAUCCCGAGUGAAAGUGUAAAAGGCAACACUACAGAAUCGAAAAAAAAGGUUAUUAGUUUUAUUGCUCAAUCAUAUUUAGGUUUUUGUAAAACUUGUUGCACGUAACAUAAGUUGGUCAUGUUGCAUUCCUCAUUUUUACGGGGUCUGUGAAAGCUGAAGAGUUCUUCUAUCACAGGAGAAAGGGAGCACUCGUGGAAUAUUAUGCUGUAUUGUUUAUACAUGUAUGAUAGACUAAUUUAUGAUUGGGAGCCUAUUUAUGUUGUGGUUUAAGUAGAUAAUUAAGGUUUUAACACCGGUAAUUAUGCCGUAGAUUUUUCCGUUAUUGAUUCUUGGUAACUUUUAAACGAGUCAGUACUUUACCUGUUGAACCUGUGAAGUUGCGUCCCGGUUGCCAGUCUUGCCGGGACUUUUAUGUGUUUUGCUGGUUCAAAUAUGUGCAUCCUAGUUUUAGUUGAACUUUUUUCUCUCUGUAGUACGAUCCUAGAGCCAAAGACGUUCCAGUGAUGAUCUGCGAGAUUCUGCCUUUCAAAGCCAAAUAUCUUUUUAUAUCUCUUUUCUGUUUCAAAUUUCGGAUGAUGCAGAAAGUGAGGAAAACAGACGCGGUACAUGUAGGCACAUGUGCAAUGUUUUGUUGCUUUGUCUUUUUUUUUUUUUUUUUUGAUGAGAUUUGCCUCUUAUCAGAAAGAGCUUUCCAGCAGCUUAAGACUGACAUUUCCACAUCAUCAGUAAAGAAACACUAUUGUUCGUAGUUAACUCUAUAUUAAAAACACACAUUAGUUAUGGUCCCUAAUGUACCUUCUGUUAUCAGUAUUUUAAAGGUAAAAACGUUUUUGUGCCAGUAAUCAUCACAUUUUAAUGCCUCAGUUUGGAAAUACAUGCCGACUCCUCAAGGUCGUGUUUUGUUUUGAGCUCAAAGUGACUGAUUGCACAUUGUUUCCACUUCUGUUCAUCAUGCCAGCGUAGUUGCUGCUUCAAGUCAACUCUGCUAGUAUUACAGUUUUAUAAGGGAAGGUGGACUGGGUGCGUCAGUAGGCAUUUUGUAGAAGAGUUGUCUUCCAUAAAAACUGUUAAUUUGACAAAUCUCUAAAUAAAAGUUUAUGUUCUGUCCU